GCUUGCCUUUGAAAAAUCCUGGACUCUUUGGAGCUGCUUCCCAUAAAACCCCAAGCCCGUCUAACAUUCUAUUUACCUAGAGUACGGUUGGAGCACAAAAAUUACCAAGUUCGAAAAACACGACUCUUGAACAAUCCCAAUCGACAGUAUUGAUCAAAUUCAACCCGGCGAGCUAUUUAAGGACCUGGCGCAAGAUAUCGAGCGGAUACUGUGAGAUACGACAUGACUGCACAGUCGACAACGGUGACGGUCCGACAAGGCACUCCGGUCCAGGAGUCGACCUCGAAAGAAGGCAACCUUCUAAAUACCGAAGGCCAUCUAUUGGGAUCGAAUGAAGAUGUGACAGGAGGUCUUCCUGCUCCAACGACAACAGCCGCAGUUGUGCAGAAAUGGAACCAUCCAAGGUCGAAUCUCUUCAGAGUCUUGUCUUGUUUCUGGAGUCUCCUCGUCUCUGGGGCGAAUGAUGCCGCCUACGGUGCUUUGAUCCCCUACCUCGAAAUCUACUACGACCUUACCUACGUCGUCGUAUCCCUCGUAUUCCUCUCCCCCUUCAUCGGCUACGUCCUCUCGGCCGUCCUCAACAACUACGUCCACCUGAAGCUCGGCCAGCGCGGCAUCGCCGUCAUCGCCUCCGCGUGCCACAUCGUCGCCUACAUCAUCAUAUCCCAGCACCCGCCCUACCCGGCGCUGGUUGCCGCCUUCGUCAUCGCCGGUUUCGGUAACGGCCUCAGCGAUGCCGGGUGGAACGCGUACAUCGGCAACAUGGCCAGGGCGAACGAGGUCCUCGGGUUCUUGCACGCGUCGUAUGGCGUCGGCGGCGUGAUUGCCCCGUUGAUUGCCACGACCAUGAUUAACAAGGCCAACUUGGGUUGGUGGAACUUUUACUACUUCAUGGUGAGCAUCAUGCCCUCCUUCUAUCCCUUCCCCGAGGCUAUGAGAGAGAGAGAGAGAGUGUGUGUGUGUGUGUGUAUAACACGAUCUGACUCUACGCCACCUUUUCAGCUCGGCCUGGCCUGCAUCGAGCUCGUAUGGUGCACAGCAGCCUUCUGGCCGCAAACCGGCGCAGUAUAUCGCGAGCUGGUAAACCGCUCCCGCAGCGAUGCCCCCGGAGGCGGCCUUCGCACCGCCCUCUUCAAACGCCCCUACGCCCGCGUCUCCUGGCUCUGCGCCCUCUUCCUCCUCGCCUACGUCGGCACAGAGGUCUCCCUUGGCGGCUGGAUCGUGCAGUUCAUGAUCCAGGUCCGCAAGGCCAACAACUUUGAUUCGGGCAUGACGUCGGUCGGCUUCUGGCUCGGCAUCACCCUCGGCCGCGCGGUCCUCGGCUUCGUCACGCCCAAGCUGGGCAUCAAGCUCGCCGUGUCGAUUUAUAUUCCCAUCGCCAUGGCGCUGGAACUGGUGUUUUGGCUCGUGCCGCAUUUCUACGUGUCUGCGGUGGCGGUUGCCCUGCAGGGGUUCUUUUUGGGUCCGUUUUUCCCUGCUGUUGUUGUUGCGGCGACGAAGUUGCUGCCGAGGCAUUUGCAUGUUAGUACCAUUGGUUUCGCGGCGGCGUUUGGCGGCAGCGGGGCGGCGAUAUUGCCGUUUGCUGUCGGCGCGCUGGCGCAGGCUAAGGGCGUGCAGGUUUUGCAGCCGAUUAUCCUCGCAUUUUUGGGGAUUAUGCUCGUGUUUUGGCUAUGUUUGCCGAGGAUUGGGCGUAAGCAGGAGUGAGGGAAGUAGGGAUAAUUCAGGGCAGGGAGAGAGAGAGCAGGCAUUGGGAUCGUGUGCAUAUGCGAAUGUUGUAGCUGUGGGUAAGAGAGCGAUUACGACUCGAGUAUAGGAUAUGACAGAUCUAUUUUGCAUAAGAACUGGAUUCUAGAAAUUAUCAUACCACGGAACAUAUAGAAUCAAGGUCUUGCGUCAAUAUGAAAUACCGCAAAGGUUGACUAGAGGUUAACCCUGCUUUCAGAUUUUACCUGAGAAUCCGUUAAUGUGUUGAGAACAGAGAGAUAGGU